AUGGAGGGUUGUGUUGACAACUACAACGACAUGGAGAAAAUUAGGAGGAUGCUAUGGCAACUUACAGAACGCAUUCCUCGCAUCGAAGCUAGAACCCAUAUAGGUAAGAGUUAUGAUGGGGAGGGAUGUGUGAACCCUUAUUUGAACCAAGUAGCUCGCAUCAACACUGUAAGCCCUGGGAGUCUGGACAUGGAGUAUGAGGGAGAUAGUUGUUUUCAUUGUUGCACUCCACUGUGUAAGUCAAUUGAAGAUUGGCACAGUGAUUUCCAUUUUGUCUUUGAAGUUACCUCCAAUAUUUGA